GUGUGUGUGUGUAGGAUGUUUGAUGUUGGAGGCCAGCGUUCAGAAAGGAAGAAGUGGAUCCACUGCUUUGAGGGAGUCACAGCCAUCAUCUUCUGUGUCGCCAUGAGUGCCUACGACCUGGUCCUGGCUGAGGACGAGGAGAUGAACCGGAUGCAUGAGAGCAUGAAGCUGUUUGACUCUAUCUGCAACAACAAGUGGUUCACAGAGACCUCCAUCAUCCUGUUCCUCAACAAGAAGGACCUGUUCGAGGAGAAGAUCGCCCACAGCCCCCUGACCAUCUGCUUCCCCGAAUACUCUGGCCCUAACAAGUACGAGGAGGCCCAGGCUUACAUCCAGACCAAAUUUGAAGACCUGAACAAGAAGAAGGACACCAAGGAAAUCUACACCCACUUUACAUGCGCUACCGACACCAAGAACGUGCAGUUUGUGUUCGACGCUGUCACUGACGUCAUCAUCAAGAACAACCUGAAGGACUGCGGCCUCUUCUAAAAAACAAAUCUGAGAGAGAGUCAAGAUUACUUGAAGAGUUCCAAUGACCAUGAAGAAAGGGGGAGUAAACACACAUCAUGAAUGACUGCACUGGCCAACCACGAUUUCUGCUUUGAUCUGCUUUUUAUAAAGACACCUAAGAGACUAAAAACCCGACGAGACUCGCAGAAUUUCAACAAAUGCUGAUCCAGUCGCUUGUAUUGUUAACUCUUUGGGCUAUGACCACAAAAUCAACAUUUAUAAUUGUAUUUUUGUUCUAUUUUUUUUUUCUUCUUUAUUUUCAAUUACUAAUGGAGGUAAAGGAAAACUUUUUUAUAUAAAUGCAUUUAUUUUACUUUUAGAAAUUCUGAUGUGCAAAUUAUUCAACUUUUAAUCACAGGAAGCUUAUUUUUUAAAAGAUGAAGCACAGGCAUGGACAUAAAAUAUGACUGAUAAAGGAAAGUGCUUCUUUUUUUUUUAUAAUGUUUACAUAAGUUCAUCAUUCAUAGCCAAACCGUAUAUUGUUCUGCAUGACUCAACAUGGCAAAUAUGUAAUCUGCACAAAUUAUCUAACAUUCCUAAGAAAAACAAAAUAAAAAAUGUUAAAAUGCUGAAAAGGAAAAAAAAAAAAUGCUUCACAUGCUGGGGGAAAUUAUGACAAAAUUCUAACUGAUAUUUAAAGUAUGUGUGUAACUAACAUUCUCUCACUUUUUAUAGUACCAUUUCCAUGUUUGUCGUGGUAUGUGUGUGCCUUGACUUCUGUUUACAACCAAUUCCUAGAUAUGCUUUCAAUACUGUUUGACCUACUGUGCGCCUAUACUUUUCUUGUGUUUUCUGCCUAGCACCUAUGAAUAUAUAGUGAUUAUUAAUGAGAGACGAAAAUCUAAUUCAGCAAAAGGUUAGUGUUUUUUUGGUAAAUAUUAAAAUGCUUUUAAAGUCCUAUAUGAUUUAAUUUAAAUAAAAGUAGAGAUCACCUGA